AUCACCAUCUAAUAUCUCUGAAAUAUCUCUUAAUGCUUUAUGUUUCUACUCCAGAAACAUGAGUUUUUGUUUCACAGAAAACUGUUGUGUAGAAAAUGUGUUUUCUGAUGGCAACAAAUGAUGUUAGUAUUUGAAAUGUUUGAGAUUUGUUUGAAAUUGGUACACAAUUAAUUAGUUCUACUUAGGGUUGGGCGAUAUGUAAAAAUUUAUGUAUGUAUGAUGUAAAAACAAUCGUAAGCCCAAUAAUCGACGAUGGGCAAUAUAUUGGCACAUACGCAGACUUUUAAAGGGCGGAGCAAUGUAAUCAUGCAACGACUGAUUUGCACGUUUACAAAACAGAACAACUCCACACAUGGACGAACUAAAUGCCAAAAAAUAUAAAGUCGCCAAUUUGGGAUUUCUUUGGCUUUAAACCGGAUGAAAGAGGUAAAUCUAAGGAUGUAACCAAAGCGGUGUGCCACUUCCGUGAGAAUUUGCUCACGGAUGAAAGACGGUGUUGUUAAAACAUCGCAAAUAUUAUUUUUUCUUUUGACUACUUCUAUUAGCUCCAUCAUUAUGAGCAGAUUUACACAUGGACAAAUAAAUCAAUCAAUCGCCCUUGUAAAAAUGAUAUUCCAUAUAUUUGUCCAAUCGCCCAGCCCUAGUUCUGUUGUAAUUUUGGAAUAUUUGACUACAAGUUUUCCUUAUUAUUGAUACAGUCCAGUCACUUGGCAGUGUUCAUUCUCAUAAAGAAACCUAAAACUGCCAUAAAAAUGAAUGUAGUACAUUUAACCAAAAGAAACAAUAGGCAACCAAACCAGCAAAUGAAAAUGAAGCAAGCUCCUUAACUUUGGGAUCUACUGUUUUGUUAUAAAUUUUGACAUACAUGUACAUACAAGCGUCUUAAUGUUUCUGUGAAACUGGAAAAGGAAGUUGUGGUGGAGGGUUGCAGCAUUGGUGUGUCGCUAACAGUAACCUCCUAUCUACACACUGAUUCAGAAAGCCAUUGAACCAGAGAAGAAUAAAUUCAGCUGAGAGUAAAAGAUUUCCUUCAGCAACACCACAUACUUCUCUUAGGUUGAAAUACAGCCAGCGAUAAGUGUACAGUCAUUUUCAUAACUGGCCAUUACUGUUUCAAGUAUAAAACACAUGACGAGCAUGAAUCAGACUGAAAGUCAAUAUAGACUCUUACAAACAGAACUACAUUUCCUGAAUUACACUAACUGUAUCUUUUUUUUUCUAUUGCUGAUGCACUGGACUUUUACUCCCUACAGGGUGUGCAUUGCAACAUUUUUUAAACUACUGACAUGAGGACAUUUGUUUUGAGUGGUAAAUGGACUGGUUCUUUUAUAUCACUUUUUUACUCUACCUGAGAACUUAAAGCGCUUUAUACAACAUGCCCCAUUGCCCCAUCCACACACACAUUAUACUCCAGUGGAUGCCACAAAGAGCAACUUGGAGUUUGAGUCUAGCCCAGGGAUAUUUGUCAUGCAGACUAGAGAUGCCGGGGACAAAAGCACCAACUUUGCAAUUAAUAGAUGGCCUGCUCUACCUUCCGCGCUAUGGCCAGCCCUUUACAUUGUAGGUUCCACACAGUUGUUCCCAUUUCAGUUACAUAUACUGCUGAAGUUAUUCUACUUAAGCAUGAGCACCGAUACAUUUUUAAAAAGUAGCAUAGAUUGCAAAAGGACCAGUGAUAUUUUUAAGAUACUUGAUACCAUAGUUAUUUCCUGUUGCAAGAGAUGUCAAUUUCGUGAAAAGGAAAUCAUUGACAAACUGUUCCUAAGCAACAGAUAACAGAACUAUAGAGGUUAAAGCCUACAUGUUAUUUUCCCCUGCGCUGCUGGAAUCACAAAUAUCUUAAAACACUAUGAAUUAAUUGUCUACUUGGGGGAAAAAAUGUAUGUAUAAAAUGAUUAUUUCUUCCCUGAGUUUUGUUGUAGGCGUAACUAUAUCAUUUUUAAUUCUAAUUAUAAGUUCAUAAAUGAUUACAGGAGAGUAAAACAUAGGAAGAGGUCUUAACCCAUCUAAGACAAACUGUUAACAUGCUGCAGUUUUGCAUCGUAGUUAAUAUUAACCACUGGUACUAGUCACGCUGAAGUCACAUGUGACUUCAGCGUGACUGUUUCCGGCUUCUAACAUUUUAUAUCAGUUCAUCUUUGAACUCACGAGUUACAACUUGAAAGUCUUUGAUGAAAGUUGCAGAAUGGAAUUUUAGUUGUUGUUAAGUCUGGAAACUUUCUUCUGCUUGGUCCAUAAUGGAAUCUACCGUGAACAGUGGAGUGAUUCUUUCAGUUUACAUCAUUUCAUUCCUGAUUGGCUUCCCCUGUAAUCUCUUGGCUCUCUAUGCAUUUAGUACUAAGAUUCACUCCAAGCCACUUCCAACAGACAUCCUGCUGCUCAACCUGACUGUCUCUGACCUGAUGUUUUUGAUCAUUCUGCCUCUCAAGAUGCACGAGGCAGCAUCUGGUAUGGAAUGGAAUCUGCCCAACUUCAUGUGCUCCAUCACCUCCUUCACAUUUUUCUCCACAAUCUACACCAGCUCCUUGCUGCUGAUGGCAGUCAGCGUGGUUCGCUACAUAGGAGCAGCAUUUCCUAUCACCUAUCAGAAGCUGCACAAACCCAUGUAUGCAAUUGUUAUCAGUGCUGUUAUUUGGCUGAUCUCGACAGCACACUGCAGCAUUGUUUUCGUCAUCCAGCAUCACCCAUCUUUGGCCAGCAAUAAUUCCAGUACUUGGUGCUAUGAGCAUUUUACAGACGAGCAGAAGCAGAUCCUCCUCCCAGUACGUCUGGAGUUUUUCUUUGUACUCUGCCUCAUACCUCUUCUUAUUUGUGUUUACUGCUACUUGCGCUGCAUCUUGAUUCUGUACAGCCGACCCAGGAUAUCCCAGAUGCAGAAACAGAAGGCCAUUGGCAUGGCCUCAGGGACUCUUGCUGUGUUCCUUAUUUGUGUUCUGCCAUACAAUUUAUCUCAUUUAGUGGGUUACAUCCAGGGACAAAGCCCAGAGUGGAGGUACUACAGCUUGCUGCUUAGUUGUUUCAACACCUGUAUUGAUCCAAUCAUUUUCUACUUUUCCUCCUCCAUCUUCCGCUUGUCAAGUGAAAAGUUCAUUUUCAGGAAUUGUAUGCUCAGUCCUUCACGGUUCCAAGGACAUGUCAACAGCUCUAGCUAGACUAACAUUUCCUUUCAUUAGCAAUUGUUCAUAUUUAGUUUGAUUAUAUUUGUUUGAGUGCACAUUACAGAGAUAAAAUAAUAUGCAGUAUGUAAUCUCAUUACAGUCUAUUUAACUCUUAUGUCUGGCACAUUUUAUCUUAAUCUAAAAUAUAUCCAAGUUUUCUGCUCCCCACUCACACAAACUAUUUUUGGUGAUUAAAAAGACAAAAAAACAUUGUUGCGUAACACUGGUGCCGCAUAGUGGAAAAGUGAGGUCAUUUUGAUAUAAACUGAUGCAUUAUUACCUGAUCUAGUCACUUUGCAUGUGUUUAGAAAAUGUGUUUACUGAUAGCGAGACAUAAGAAUUUUUUUUUUGAAAUAGCUGUACAGGGUUUAUCUGAACUUCCUCAUAACUGUUCAAUGACUCAAAAUAAAAUGUUAAUGAAAAUAGAAGUGUUUAUAAAACUGAAAUGUAUUUUUGAUUUAAUUUUUUUAAAGCAAAGAUGGCAUUUUUCUUAUUCUGUAAUGCUAUCUAUUGAUUUGUUUUACUAUUAGCAGAAUACCUUAAUAUUACAUAUCUUGAAAACACUCAUUUACAUUAACAAUCCUGCGCAGAAGGUCAUAAACAGGGCCAAUCAGCCUCAAACGCUUGCCUGGAAACUUGCCUGUCACAGCACUGUAAAUGGCCACUGCACGCAGUUCAAAGAAAAUUGGUCUGGUAUGCAGAGAGGUGCACAUAAUAUAAUUUAUCAUUCUAUAGGUAAUGCUCAAUUCAGUUGCUGUGAACUUUUUGAGAACUUUAUUUUUGCAUCAUAUGGAAAUUCACUAGAUUAAUUAUUAAUUUGGUUUGUGUAGCCAUGACUUGCUGAAAACAAAGAACAUGGACACAAAAACAAACAAAAAACAAUAAUAAUGAUGAUGAUGAUGAUGAUGAUAAUAAUAAUG